AUUCAAGAGUGAAUUUCUACAAGACUGAGUCAGUGUGAUCUGAACCGUCGUGUUGUUCAUAAGUAAAAUAAAAUAGUUGAGCGUACAGUCUAAAUUGAUGAAGAAAAUUCUUAUUUGUUCUGAACUUUUAUGUGAAUUUGAUUUUUAGUAGACUAUAUCGAGACAAAAGUUUUAUUAUUGCGAGGCUAAAGUUAAUUAAAUAAGUGAAGUGUUUAAUAUAAAGGGCGUAAUCAUUGUAAAGAAUAAACUAAUACCCAACCGAAAGUUAAACAUUUUUUCGAAGAGUACAACGAUACAUCGGCUUAAUAUUUCAAUUUCAUAAAACAUUUUACGUCGGCAAUUACUAGACGAAGAACUUAGCCGUUUGUUGUAAACCGUGUAAUUUUAAGAUUUUCAUGAGUCGUGCAUAAGAUGCUUUACUGUUAGUGGUCAAAAAAGAAUUUACGUAAGAUAAUCGAUAAUCAUGUCAGAAACCCCGUCACCACCCUCGAUAACACCAGCUGAGGCCGUCGAACAGGAAGAUGCAGACAACGAGAGUAUUCCGUCACAGACACCUCCAUUGCAAAAUUUACCCAAACUAAGAUCACCAUCAGUCGGACCACCAUCACAACCGCCCCAACAACAACAACAACAACAAUCGCAAAAACAAUGUGAAAUAAAUGAGCCAUCGUCGUCUAAUCCACAACAAUUUUGUCUUCGAUGGAACAAUUACCAAUCCAACCUGACAAGUGUUUUCGAUCAACUGCUACAAAAUGAAUCGUUCGUCGAUGUUACGCUAGUUUGUGAUGGUCACUCAAUUAAGGCCCACAAAAUAGUACUGUCCGCUUGCAGUCCAUAUUUUCAAGAUUUAUUUUUCGAAAAUCCGUGCAAACAUCCCGUUAUUAUAAUGUUAGACAUAAAGUGGCCAGUCUUAAAGGCAGCUGUUGAUUUUAUGUACAAAGGUGAAAUAAACGUUUGCCAAGAUCAAAUUAGUCCAUUGUUACGAGUGGCCGAAAUGUUAAAAAUUCGAGGUCUGGCCGAUGUGAAUGGAAAUGAUAAUGAAAUUGCAAUACCGCAACAAACAAAAGCGUUUAGCGAAACCGUUAACGAACUGAAACGGCAGAGAAUAACACCAAAAGAAUGGGCAAACAUCAGUGGCAGUAGUAACAUUGAUGUGACGCAAAAUUCCAAUUCCCGAAAUCGCAAACGCCGUUGGCCAUCCACAGAGAAUAACAGUACAGCUGGCAGUCCAGUUAAUAUGACAACAACUCCCGAACACCCUUCGUUCGGCACAUCAUCGCCCAUUCCACCAAAUGCUCAUGGCCCGUCAACAUCAACACCCAUUUCUACAUACCCCAUGCAAUCACCACUUGAAGCUAUUGGUUUGUCGGCUAUGAACAUGAAUCAUCCAGAUGAUUUAGAAAUAAAACCAGAAAUUGCCGAAAUGAUUCGUGAAGAAGAACGGACAAAGCUCAUGCAAAACACAAAUGCAUGGUUAGACGCAUCCACAUCUGCUUCGAUAGCUGACAGCUACCAAUACCAAUUGCAAUCAAUGUGGCAAAAAUGCUGGAACACAAACCAAAACCUUAUCCACCAUCAGCGAUUCCGUGAACGCGGUCCGUUGAAAUCGUGGCGACCGGAAACUAUGGCCGAGGCAAUAUUUAGUGUACUCAAAGACGGACUAUCGCUAUCGCAGGCAGCUCGAAAGUACGACAUUCCAUAUCCGACUUUUGUUUUAUAUUCGAAUCGUGUUCACAAUAUGCUGGGUCCAUCGAUCGAAGGUGGUAUUGAGGAUUUACGGCCGAAGGGACGCGGUAGACCGCAACGCAUUUUAUUGGGCCUAUGGCCGGACGAACACAUUAAAGGUGUUAUUAAGACUGUUGUAUUUCGUGAUGCAAAUGAAAUGAAGGAUGAUGGUGUGCAUUUAGUGGACGGUCGGCCGUCUGAUAGGCCGAUGUAUAAUAUUCCACCGUCGAACAUGACAUCGGUUAUGGUCGAAGGGAUAUUUUCGAAAUUUAGUACGUGAUGACAACGAGUCGUAAUCAUUUAAAAAAAAUAAUUUCGGAUCGUUUAGACUAUUUUACAGCCAGUUUGAAUCUGCGCUAGUCAACAGCUGGAAGAAAUCAUCUUUGGGAUAAAUUAGAAACGACGAAAAUAACGGAGAAAUUUUGGGGAUUAAAUUUUCAAGCAAUUCAAAAUUAAUAACGAUCAGCAUCUCCGUUCGAUUGAAUUUUUGUUUUAUUUUUGGUUUAAAUUUGAAUAGAAAUUGUUACAUUUCUGACAGCUUCCCCUGCAGAACAACUAGCUACGUUAGUUUAUUGGUUAAUGAUAUAUCACUUUGAAUUAAUUAUUAUUUGAUAAGAAUUUAAAAUUAAUUUAUUUGUUUAACUGUCCGAAUAUUAUUGAAAGAAAAGGCAUUUUAGUUGCAAGAA